AUGGGACGGGCGUACAACAUCUUCAUUGCCCUGUUCUGCUCUAUAGGUGCCGGGAUUAUUGCAUCCGUUAUCACGUUCAGUCAAUUCGAGGACUUCGUUCAUGACCCAGCAAAAUAUAGCAGUCUUUCCGGAGCCGUAGUUUCUACCUUCACAGGCGGAUGUUUCUUUGGAUGUAUGAUAGCAGGGUGGACGAGCGACAAGUUUGGAAGAAAGCGUAGUAUCCAGCUAGGCGCUCUGAUCGACCUAUGGGGAUGUGCCAUGCAAGCCGGAGCGAAUAAUCUGGCCUGCAUGUUGAUAGGUCGUAUCGUCGCAGGCUUCGCCAUAGGGAUCUUGUCGAUGUCUGUACCUCUAUACAAUACGGAGAUCGCCCCGCCGAAAAUCCGUGGUUUUAUCGUCGGUCUGGCUCAGCAGAUGAUCGGCAUCGGGUUCAUUGUAGCGAAUUGGGUUGGCUACGGCUGCCAAUACCUCGACGGCUACGGAAGCUGGAGGCUUGCGCUGGGUCUACAGCUCAUUCCUGCCUUCAUGCUCCUUGUCGGCAUCCAAUUUUUGCCGUACUCUCCUCGGUGGCUUCUUGAGCAAUUGCGCGACGACGAGGCACGGGCAGUCGUUUACAAGCUGCACGGGGUAGACACUGCGGAGAAGAAAGAGUCCGCCGAUGCCGAGUUCAUUGACAUGCAACUCACCAUCAGGGCGGAAACGACAACGAGGUCUCGACGACUGAGUGACCUGUGGGAGACGCCGGCGAUGCUCAAGCGUACACUGGUCGCCGUAGGAGUGCAGGUUUUUGGACAGUUCUCUGGUAUCAAUGUCAUCAACUAUUUUGGGCCUUCGAUGUAUCAGUCGCUCGGCUUGAGCCCCGGCCAAUCUUUGCUCAUCCAGGGCAUCUACGGUGCCGUAGGACCUAUUACCAACUUUAUAUUCAUUACAUGCAUCCUCGACAGGGUCGGACGAAAGAAACCGCUGAUGUUCGGCGCAGCUGGCUUCGUCGCAACUUAUUCCGUGUUAACAGCGAUCGUCGCAUCUUUUCCGCCGGGAACAUCGGAUAACCAUCCUGCCCAGCGUGCUGGAAUCGCCGUGAUCUUCUUGACGAGCAUCCUCUUCUCACUGAGCUUUGGGCCCAUUAGCUGGGUACUAACAUCUGAGGUAUUCCCGACCAAGACUCGAUCCAUCGGCACAUCAGUCGCGGUGUGCGCGAAUUGGGCAUUUAAUGUGCUGUUCUCUCAGGCAAGUCAUCUUCAUUGCGAAGGUGUGGGCUGGAGGUAUUACUUGCUGUUCAUUCUCCUCAACCUCGUCGACUUCUGCUUGAUCGCACUCUUCUUCCCUGAGACGAGAGGGAAAUCGUUGGAGCAAAUGGCUGAAGUCUUCGGUGAUGAUAUUGACCCUCACGAGGUGUUGGGACACCAUCCCAAUGCUAAAGAGAAGCUGGAUGACGACGGGACGCAUAAAGAAACGUGA